UGCUAGCCUCACGUAUAUUUAUUCUUUAUCGUCGCAUAAUAAUCGGCUUAAACGUACAGCAAUUACAGACUAAUUAUCAACAAGUUUCAGCCUCUAUUCGCAAUUAAUUUACUGUUUAAAUUCUUAAGUAAAUAUUUAAAUAUUUCGAUUUGUUUGUGUUCGAAAUUGUACUUUAUUGCAUUUGUUAUAGAACGUAUUUUCGUUUGGGUGUGGUUAAUUUAGGAGUGAAUAUAUAAGAGCGAGUGGAGUUUAUCGUGCCUUUUGCGCGGUAGCGUGUUUGUUUUCUUAAUUGUGUGUCGCUGUGAUGUUUACGAUAACUAAAAAUGUGAGAAUAAGUGAAGGAGAUAGAGGGUCUGUUUUUAAAGGAUACGCUUUGUCUGUUAUAGUCAGCCUCCCAUUCUUCACACAUGGCGUUGAGAGCAACAACCUUACUAUAUCAGCCCAUGCUGGUCACUUCACAACGCCGGACACAGUCCCUUGGACGACGACGGCGCUUAUACUCUCAUCAAUAUUCAGUGCCUUAAUACAGACUUAUUGUAUUGACAAAUGGGGAAGAAAAUUUGGGAUUUAUAUCGUUAUUCUUUUACAGGGGGCAUCCUGUAUACCACUUCUCCUGGAGCCAAGCGAAAUUGGAUCAAUAGUGUUACAUGUCCUGUCUGGAAUAUCUACUGCUGGUCUUUUUAUCUGCAUACCGAUUUAUAUUAGAGAAAUAUCAGCCACCACUGGCCGAGGAACGGCUGUAGCUCUUAUAACGGUGAUGACGGCAGCGGGAUAUUUAAUAAGGUUCGGACUUGAUGGGGAAAACGUUCUGUAUCUGAUAGCUGCAAUGGUGAUGGUUCAGUUCGUAUCACUUUUCCUAGUGGUCGAAUCGCCUAGCUACUUGGUGAAGAUUGGAAAAAUUGAGGCUGCAAUAGCUAAUAUGGCCAAGUUAAAAUGCCUGCCUGUCGAUGACACGUAUAUUCUAAACGAGAUAAAACUACUGCAAGAGGAAAGUGUACGCGGAAAAUCGAAUGAAAAAUUAAGGCUCUUAGACAUUUGGACUAAUCGAAUAUGGCGGGAUGAAAUGAAGAUUGGUCUAAUGCUGUAUACAAUAACGAUACUCAGCGGCUGCAUCAUAUUUUUGGACCAGGAGAAAACCCUCAUUCAAUUAAAAACCUCAGCGGACCCUGAGAGGAUUCUGGUGCCAAUAUGUCUGUUUGCUGGAACGCUGUUUUGUGUAGUUUCAGUAAGAUUAUUUGAGAGAAAAUAUCUCUUGACAUUCGCUUAUUCAGUGAUGGUAUUAUCAAUGGGGACUCUAGGUGUAUUUACGCCAGCUGAUCUCACUGUGACGUCACUAAGAUGGCUUCCAGUCGCGGCUUUAGGUGUCCUUGUAUUUGGAUACGGUCUAGCAUGGGGCUUGCCAACAAUUAUCAUGGUGGAAAUGCUGAACUUGCAAAUUCGAUCAACUGUUCUAGGAAUUGUCUAUACAUAUUCUCAAAUCAUUAGACUUGUACACGUCUUGACAUUCGAAUAUUUGGAAAGUAAUAUAGGUAUUUAUACAUUAUUUUAUAUGUUUGCCUGCGUCAAUAUAUUCGGAGCGAUUUAUACAAUAUCAAGCGUGCCUAAUAUCAAGGGCAAGAGCGUCAGACAAAUCGAGAAACAAAUGAAGAGGAUACCAUUGUUGAAUUUAUGAAUAAAUGCGUUAUAUUUA